UGAAACAAUCUAUGAAAUGGGACUCUUUUGCUAAUCGUCAUCUUGUGCGUGGUGUGGUAAGCGAGACGUUCCGCCGUCCCGUUUUUGAUUCGUUCUAUUGGGAAUAGUCCAAUACAAGUUGAAACGCGUUUAAAUUUUAUAUGAAAUGUUCAAGUUGAUGUGGCGUAAACGGACAGAUGUUUUGAUUUUAAGGAAAAGCUGCGUUUGCUGUCACGAAUUAGCGUCACAACGCGUGUUACAACCGUGAUCACAGACUGACAAAACGCACGCACGAAAGCAUUUUUGAGGCAGCUUAUUCUUGUUGAGGUGUGCUGAUUGACACAGAUUACACCUUAUUCAUACCUAGCCCAUAAACAAACGAAAAACUACCCGCGGAUUUAUCGGACACGUGGCAAAGCCGGUCUACGAGACAAGCGGAGUAUUAUCAAUUCAUUGAACGAGACCACAUAAUUUAUCGCAUGGCGGACUACUGGAUUCCCGGUCAAAUUUUCCUUUGGAAAUUAUUGUUAUUGGUACAAACAACGUUUGCAACUCACUCUAGAAUUGAAUCGCAUGGAGUUGUAUGUUACGGUGUCUAUGGAUGUUUCCGACCAUUCCACACUGCUAUUAACAUGCCGCUCCCGUUUUCACCGGAACGUAUCAACACUAAAUUUUUUCUUCACACCCUACCGGAUUCUACUAUACAACAACCGAUAAACGACACGCGUGCAGCAGUUGCAAAUUCUAACUUCGAUCAUACCAAGAAAACCAAAAUACUUGUUCACGGAUUCGCUCCUACAACUACCGAUGUUGCCAAAUGGGUAACGAAAAUGACACAAACAAUCGUGGCAAAAGAUGGUGUUAAUGUUAUUGUCGUUGAUUGGGUAGGAGGAGCCGCAGUUGCAUACGAUCAAGCAGUGGGCAAUACACGACUCGUCGGCGCUCAAAUUGCUAAUUUGAUUCGGACGAUGAUGGCUGUUCACAAUUACGAUCCUAAAAACGUGCACAUCAUCGGAUUCAGCUUAGGUGCCCAUGUUGCGGGUUUUGCCGGGAAAGAGUUGAUAAGACACGAUCCCGACCAUAAGAUUGGACGAAUUACAGGACUUGAUCCAGCUAACCCUGGCUUCAACUUCGAUUCGCCAGAUGUACGCUUGGAUAAAAUAGACGCCCAUUUUGUGGACGUUAUACACACAGAUAUGAAAACGCUCCUCGUAGUAGCUUCUGGUCUCAAUCGCAACAUCGGCCAUGCUGAUUAUUAUCCCAACGGGGGCGCGAGUCAGCCUGGAUGUUCAACAUGGAAUUCAGAUUCCUCUCUCGUAUCAGCCGUCACAGACAUGACUGUGUGUGAUCACAUCCGAGCUCCGAAACUCUUCAUGGAGACCAUCAACGCAACCGACGAAUGUGAUUUCGCCGCUUACAGAUGUCCAAGCUAUCAACAAUUCAAGGAGGGACGAUGCGUGCGAUGCCGAAGCAGAAAAACUAAAAAAGGCGGCAAAAAUCGAUGCAACAAAAUGGGUUACUGGGCUGAACCACCGACUGUAAAGAAACAAGUGAAAUACUACCUCGAUACCAGCGACGCCGCUCCUUAUUGUGCAAAACAUUACCAAGUGAUGUUGCAUUGGCGUAAAGGGCCUGGCAGUACUAAAGCCGGAUUCAGAGGCUCCAUUUAUGUGACAUUGCAUGGCGAUAAAGGCAGUACAAAGGAAUUCGCACUCAACGAUGGCGUGACUUUCAACAUUGUUCCCGGAAAAGCGUCCAGGUUUUUGGUUAGCCACUCAUGCAGCGAAGAUAUCGGCCACGUCGAUCGCGUCACUUUUCGAUGGGAAAGACCAACAUGUUGGACUUAUUUCUUUUGUUCGACCGAAAACGUCUAUUUGAAGAGGGUUAAAAUCAUCGAUGCAAUGGCACAAAAGAGGCACAUAUUUUUACCUCUGGAAAUGGAUAAAAACGGCGACGGACGCAAAGACAUAAUCGAAAUUCAGCCUGGUGCAACUCAAGAACUUUUCCGAAAAUCGUACAUCAGAUCGCGGCAUCCGGAAAGCAUGAAUUCGCAAGCAAAAACAAAAGCACCCAGACUCCCCACGGUGGUACCGCCCGUGAUUUCACCGGGACACAAGAAUAAUGCACACAGUGCUAAUAAAGGACGAUUAUUAAGCAAAGUUGCCGAUCACAGAAGGCAGCAUAUGAAAGAAGAAAAAGACAAUAUUAAUAAUGAUAAUCAAAUCCAAUCGGACCUUUUAAAUAAUUCUCAUGACACGUGAUCGUUUUCAACGUGAAAUAUAUCAAAUUUAUUACAAAGUUGGGGACGCCAGCCAUGUCAAUAUUUGAUACCUAGCCCCUCGUAUAGCAAAUUUGGUGACAGUAUAUAAGAACACGCAACAUCUGUAUAUUGUCACUUAUUACUUUUUUAGGGAAUCUUUCAUUUUUUCAACACCGCUUCAGGCGCAUAAUCGGUAGUUUGGGUACGGUGCUCACGGUGUUAGAUAGUAUUUUUUAUUUAAAAAUAAAUUAUUACUGUUGCAUUUGAAAUAUCUAUUCUAUAUAAAUAAUAUUUGUCCCAUUGAAUUUGUGAAUAGUUCCCAUUCUGUAUUUUCUGUGCUAUUUAUUUAUUUAUUAAAAUUUUUGUUUUUUGGCCCUUAAAUUUUCAUUUUCAAAAUCAUUUUUUUCUUCUAUUUAUUUAUUUAUUGGUCAGCCAAGCUCGCAAAGAAUGUCAUCUGUACCAACUGGCGAUCGAUCUUUACGAUACAAUAUUUUUUAAAUAAGGGAAUCGUCGAUUGUAGAACUUGAACGAACUUGGUCACUGUGAAUUCGACUUGCUUCAUUUCAUUUUUUUCUUGCGCAAAUUUAUAGGAAAAUUGUAGGAAUUAAAUAUUAACGUUAUUGCUCCGAUUAUAGAUUAUAUCAAUUUUUUCCAUGCUGUAUAAGUAAUCAGCACAAUAUUAUAUAAUAGUUGUGGUAAUAUAUUUUUCACACACAUCCUAGUUCAAUUUGACUUUUGAUUUAUCGUAGUUGCCUCUACGUCCGAUUUUCUGAUGUGAUUUUUUUUAAUAAAAAUUUUCUUUUAAUAA